CAAUUUCAUUCCAUAACCCCUGCCUCCCCAAUACACGCUUGAACGCGCUCACACACUCCACGUUUUUUUCAUAUGAAAUAUAGUCAAUUAAUAUUGAGACUCACAUUAUUGUCCGUAAUUAAGAAUCUAUAAUACUCCACACACUGUCAAGAGAUAGGAGUAGAGAGUCGGGAAAUUGCAAUAUUGUAUCCAACACCCGUCAUUGUAGCCAUUAUUAUUCAACAUCGAAGGACAGUGAGCGUGAAGGUCCAGAAGAAAGGAAUUGCCUUCGACUGUACACGAAAGAAUAUCUCCAUUGGCAACAGUUGGCAGUCGAUUACUAUUAGACAUAACAUUGUAUCCUAAGUGUUCGUCGUGUGCGUUCGUUAACCGCGAAAAGGAACUGCGCACUGCGGCUUCCCCGGGAGUGAAAAUCAAGCCAGGGAUUUGGGGGAAAUCAAACGGAACCCUUUGCUGAGCUCCUUACGCUCCUCUCUCCCAUCCACUUCUUACACCUCUUCCCCCUCUCUCGCUCUCUGGUGUGUGAUGGCACUGUGUGUGUGAGUCAUGGGCCCCUCUCCGACCACCCUGUCAAAGCUCAAGCUGGGGAAGCUGCGUGUGGUGCGCCGGCGGCUGCUACAGCGCUACGAGCACCAGCCCUAUAUCUCGUGCCUAGCUGGCCUUUACGGUUGUCAAUGGAGACGCUACCAGAGGACCCGCGCCACACCGGGAGACUGCUGCUGCAGCAAGUUGGAGUGUGUCAGCUUUGCUCUCCUCAUCAUGACGUUCUGUCUCACGCUGGUCUUCCUCUACUUCUGGAGUGAAGCUCAGAAUGACUACAAUGAUUUUGACUGGUUUAACUUUGGGAACCUAGGAUUCUGGUUCCCCUGGUCUGUGGUGUUGCUGGUCAUCGCUGCCGCCUUCUUCAGCUACGUCACUCUGCUGCUGCUGUUGGCUGUGUGUCUGCUGUCAGAGGGACAGAAGCUGUACCUACACUGGGGCCAUAAGAUUGGCAUCCUGGUGACUCUAGCCUUCUCCAUUGUGGCCACAGCAGUUCUGUCUGACCUAUGGAGCAAAGAGUGGACCACUCUCCUCCUCUCUUUCCAGGUGACGGCGCCAUAUUUGCAUGUGGGAGGAGUCUUGUUGGUGACACUGCUAUCCUGGCCAAUAGCCUUACAUUUCUUCCGCAUCAAUAAGAAAGUAGGGCGGACACUCAUCAUGGGGCUGUACCUGGCGGUUCUGUGUGCCCUCUACCUGGUGCCCCUGGGCAUGUACUCACCCUGCCUCAAAAAAGAGGGUGCUCUGGGCCCCGCUCCAGCCCUCAUCGGGCACAGAGGGGCACCCAUGCUUGCUCCAGAGAACACUCUCAUGUCCUUUGAGAAGGCAGUGGAGGCUGGUGGGGAAGGUCUGGAGACUGACGUCACCAUCAGCUACGACGGGGUGCCAUUCCUGAUGCACGACCGCACCCUGAGGAGGACUACCAACGUGCAGAAGGUGUUCCCCAACCGGACGGAUGCCCCUGCGGCCAUGUUCACCUGGGGGGAGCUGGAGACCCUCAAUGCCGGGGACUGGUUCCUCUAUCACGACCCGUUUGGCACGGCCUGGUCGCUGGGUGCCGAGGACCGGGCGCAGGCACAGAACCAGUCCGUGUGCACCCUCCGGGACUUCCUGGAGCUGGCGGCCCAGAGGGGCAAACAGGUGAUCUUUGACCUCUACCGGCCCCCUCGGGGCCACCCCUACAGGGACACCUGGAUCACACGCACCCUCGAGGUCAUCCAGAACGAGUCCUCCAUCCACUCACACCAGGUGCUGUGGCUGCCCCCAGACCUGCGGAACCUGGUCCAGAAGAUGGACCCUGACCUCCAGCAGACCUCUGGGUCCUGGGGUCCAGUGGAGGAGCUGCAGCAGAACCACAUCGUCCAACUCAACCUGCACUACAGCUCCAUGUCUACAGAGAUGAUCAGGUGUGUCUGUGUUUGUGUGUGUCUGUGUGUUAACUGGCUAUGUGUCUGUUCAUUAUCUGUCUGUCUGUGUGUGUGUGUGAUGCCUCCCCCCAGUGAGUAUGCGGCGGUUAACAUCAGCACCAAUCUGUAUGUGAUCAGCCAGCCGUGGCUCUACUCUCUGGCCUGGUGCUCCGGGGCUCAGUCUGUCACCACCAAUUCCCCACAGCUCCUCAACAAACUUACCAGACCCCUGUUCCUCAUGACUCCAGAUGAGUACAAUCUGAUGUGGGUUCUCACCGACGUGGUGUCCUUCAUCCUCAUCCUCAUCAUCUUCAUCUUCCACUGGUGGCGAGAACGAGGCUUGGCUUUCUGUUCGGGCAGCAAACCCACACUAGAACACGGCACCUACAGCAAGUUCAGGACAGAGAUGAGUGAUGUGUGGUCUGUCUCCAGUGUCAACAUCCUGGGAGAGCCUGCUGGAAGCCCUCUAGCCACUGAGCCUAACCUGGCAACCGUCUCAGAGCACUGAGAACCAACCAACCAAUCUCCUCUGUGAGGCUCAGUUCAAACAAACCAUUCCUCCCCCUCACUCUCACCCUGGCAACACCCCUGGGCCAAACCUGGCAACUCACCAGGACCCAACCUGGCAACCCCUGAAACUUUUAGUGAGAAUGAGAAAUAGGCCUCACAUCAUUGAACUAUGAGCGGCGCUGAUGUUGUGUCACUUGCAGAAAUGAUUUCAUUGCAUAGAAAUGAAUCUGUAAAUCCCAGAUUAAAGCCCACACAGCCUCAAGGACCAUAACCAACUCUUCACACUACAGACACCCUCUGAUGCUGGGAAGAGAUGACUACAAUAUUGAACCAGGCCCAUGGAAAUGGAUUACUCACUGCAUUAAUAUAAGAAGAAAAGAGACAUUCCGUUAUAGAUAUUCUCUAUUUAUUUUUCCCUCCAUGGGUUCCUUUCCAUUUCAGCAGCCACUGCAGUGUUGAGUUACGUGAAUUACAAACGCUUUACCAUUUCUUUAGUGUGUGACAGUAGUGGUUGAUAAGAUCGGUGUUUAUGACCAGACUGGAGUUCAAUUAGUACGUGUUUGUUUUCUUUCGAAUACUUAUGCUGUGCUUGAUUGAGCUUUCCUGGCAUUUAGGGAACUAAUGAAGUAGACACAAAAGUGCAAACUCCACCCAUCUGGGAUCUGGCACUCCAAUCAAAUGGUCAAAGUAUCACAAAGAAAAAUGAACACUAUUAGAACCCAGGUUUGAAUAUGACACGAUGAUUCUAGGUUUAUUUCUGGAGAUAAAUGUGUUUGAUUGUAGUCUGUUUAUAAGCAUUUUUAGAUCAUUAGGUGGCGUAAUGAGGUGACACCCAGAGAACCUUGCAACAUACUGUAUAAUCACUGCAACAACAUAACAGUGACCUACUGAGAACAAUUAGACUACGUGUAUUUCCAUGGUCCAUAUUGAGUUAAUUGUUUUUAACCAAUUUGUUUAGUCUUUUCAACACAAAUGAAAAUCCUUCUGGCAAGGAUUAAAAAACCAAAUGUUAUACAAUGUUUAGUCCUUUUGGCCAGAUUAUAGCAGAACUCUUACAUUUCCCUACAGUUGAUUCUGCCUCAGCUUUACUCUGCAUUGUUGUCAAAUCAAUGUGAAUAAUGCCAACUUCAGCUCUGGUAGCUGAGAGAAUGUUUUUUCUAAUAAUUACUAUUAACCCUGUUAGAUUCCUUUAUGACUGAUGACAUAUUGAUGAGUAACUCAUCACAAAGCUACGGUGGUCCUAAAGGGCAAAGUAGCUUUUAAAAGCCACCGUACAAAGCCUUAGGAAUACCUACAAAAGAAAAGCCUGUUCAGCCAAAGAAUCAGAGUAUAGAUACAGUACCAGUCUGAUUUGUCAUCUACGCACGACACCUGUAGUGUUCUCUUGGUCGUAAGAUUGUCUUCGUUCUACUUCUAUCUGUUUUAGAGACAUUUAAGAGCUGUAUGUUGUUUUAGUUACUCUUCCGAUUGUAACAGGAUGACAUAUCAUAUUAAAAGUCAAUUUUCAAACAUG